AUGGCCAGCCAUGGUGUACCACGACAAGCGACGACUGAACCGAGAACGGAACAGUCGCGACUGAAGGAACAGAAGCAGAUACAGGAGUACACGGAGCUUGUCGAUUUGAUAGAGAGGAAGAUUGCAGAGCGUCAAUACACCCGCGAAGUUCUUGAACUCACUUCGAAACUCCUCAUCAAGAACCCCGAAUACUACACGAUAUGGAACGUCCGCAGGCGUUUGCUAAUACAUGGCUUGUUCUCCAAAUCCUCGGAUUUAUCCUCGCCCUCGAUGGAGUUACCGAGUUCUUCUCAGAUCGCCACUACCACAACCUCGCCCGCCGACUCAUCCUCCUCUACUACCAAUACUUCCACGGCCUCGAAGGAGACCCAGUCCAACCUCGCCUCCCCGAAUCCUGGGAAGAAUGGUACAACUCUUGAUCUGAUAAAGGCGGAUCUUGACUUUGUAUUUCCAUUGAUGGUCAAGUUUCCGAAAUGCUAUUGGAUUUGGAAUUAUCGGUUAUGGCUGCUUGAGGAAGGGAACAAAAGAUUAGAACCGGAGGUUGCAAGAGAGUUGUGGAAUGGGGAACUCAGUUUGGUGGGGAAAAUGUUAACGAGGGAUAGUCGGAAUUUCCAUGGAUGGGGAUACAGGCGAAAAGUCAUAUCAGAACUGGAGAGCCCCAAGUUGCACGGGAAAAGCAUGGUGGAAUCCGAAUUCGAAUAUACCACGAGGAUGGUAAAGGCUAACCUCUCGAAUUUCUCCGCCUGGCAUUAUCGUAGCAAGCUGAUUCCAAGACUGCUCUCUGAACGAUCUGCUAGCGACGUCCAGAGAAGACUGUUCCUGGAUAAUGAGUUUGAGCUCAUCACCAAUGCGAUAUACACAGAUGCAUAUCCCUACGCUCAAUCAGUCUGGUUUUACUAUCAAUUUCUCAUGACUACUCUUGUGGACAGCAUUGGACACCUGACGAUCACUCCCAACUUUACGGAUGAAGACCGAAUCCAAUAUGUCAGAAAGCAACUUGUUAAUCUCGGAGACAUGCUUGAUGGUGCUGAAGAUUGCAAGUGGAUCUAUAACGCACUGCUAGAGUAUACUUUGGCACUAUGCCGGAUGGAAAAUCGGCCUCCUUUAGAUGCUGAGCGGCAGGACUGCACAUCAUGGUUGGCGGAACUCAGAAAGUUAGAUCCGUUAAGAGCUGGGAGGUGGGACGAUUUUGAGAAGACUCUAAGGUGGGUUGAAGUGGAUUAUCGUCUUGCCUCCGAUGUAACUGGAGUUGAAUUAUGA